GACGAUUGACGCAGAGGCCAUGUUCAAGCAGGGCUUUCUCAAGGACGUCUAUGAGGAGCGACCGGUUACGCCGGUCUUCACCCGUUUCCCUCCAGAGCCAAACGGCUUCCUGCACAUUGGCCACGCCAAGGCCAUUGCUGUCAACUUUGGUUUUGCCAAGUAUCGCAAGGGCCAGUGCUACCUAAGAUACGACGAUACCAACCCUGAAGCCGAAGAAGAAAUCUACUUCACUGCGAUCCUCGAUACGGUGCGGUGGCUUGGAUUUGAGCCCUACAAGAUCACAUACUCCAGCGACAACUUCCAGAAACUAUACGACCUGGCUGAGAAGCUGAUAAGUCUUGACAAGGGCUACGUUUGCCAUUGUGACGAUGCCGAGAUUAAACGUCAACGUGGCGGUGAGAAGGGCGAGACUCCUCGAUACCGCUGCAAGCAUGCAGAGCAGACUGUCGAGGAGAACCUGCAGAAGUUCAGAGACAUGAGAGAUGGAAAAUACAAGCCGAGGGAGGCCUUCCUCCGUAUGCAGAUGGAUAUCACCGAUGGAAACCCUCAAAUGUGGGAUUUGGCCGCCUACCGCGUGUUGGACGCAGACCACCACCGAACAGGAUCGAAAUGGAAGAUCUACCCAACAUACGACUUCACUCACUGUCUGUGCGAUUCUUUCGAAGGCAUCACCCACUCGUUGUGUACCACAGAGUUCAUCCUGAGCAGGGUGAGCUACGAGUGGCUGAACAAGACCCUUGGCGUCUACGAGCCCAUGCAGCGCGAGUACGGCCGACUCUCCCUCGGUGGCACUGUCCUAUCAAAGCGCAAGAUUCUGAAGCUGGUUGGAGACAAGAUUGUAAGGGGCUGGGACGACCCGAGGCUUUAUACACUCAUGGCGAUCAAGAGGAGAGGUGUGCCUCCUGGGGCCAUCCUCGAGUUCGUCAACGAGUUGGGUGUGACGACCAAUGCCACGGUCAUUCAAAUUGUACGGUUUGAACAGUCAGUUCGGAAGUACUUAGAGCGUACCGUACCGCGACUAAUGGUGGUCUUGGACCCUGUGCCUGUCAUUAUCGAGG